UAAACCGCGUCAUCAAAUGGUGGGGUGCUUCCCGUCAACGCCGAAGCAGUUGGCAAUGACCAUCGGCUGCUUCGCGGUCGGUGCUUCCCUCUUCGCUAUCGGCGUACAUCUCUCCUACCGAAACAUCGCUCCUCAACAAGCUCGAAUCAAGGCUCGUAACGACUUCGUCAAAGAGCGUCUCAAGAAGAAAUUCGGGAAGUAGUAGUGGUAGACUGGUAAUG